GGAGGAGAACAUCAUCUGCUUUGUGAAGAACGAGCUGAAGAAGAUCCACAAGGUUCUGGAUACAGAUCACACAGAAGUCUCAGAGAGUCAGAGGGAGGAUGAGGAGCAGAGGAGCAGCAGAGAGGCCUUUCUGAAGAUCACAGGGGACUUCUUAAGGAGGAUGAAGCAGGAGAAGCUAGCUGACAAAAUCAGAGCUCCAGCUUGUCGACGUGAACUCAAAUCAAACCUGAAGAAGAAGUUCCAGUGUUUGUUUGAGGGCGUAGCUAAAGCAGGAAACCCCACCCUUCUGAAUGAGAUCUUCACAGAGCUUUACAUCACAGAGGGAGGGACUGGAGAGGUCAAUGAAGAACAUGAGGUCAGACAGAUUGAAAGAGCUUCCUGGAAACCAGACAGACCAGAAACAUCCAUCAGACAUGAAGACAUCUUGAAAGCCUCAGCUGGAAGAGACGGACCAAUCAGAAGAGUGAUGACAAAGGGCGUGGCUGGCAUUGGGAAAACAGUGUUAACACAGAAGUUCACUCUGGACUGGGCUGAAGACAAAAGCAACCAGGACGUACAGUUCAUGUUUCCCUUCACCUUCAGAGAGCUGAAUGUGCUGAAAGAGAAGAAGUUCAGUUUGGUGGAACUCAUCCAUCACUUCUUCACUGAAACCAAAGAAGCAGGAAUCUGCAGGUUUGAAGACUUUAAGGUGGUCUUCAUCUUUGAUGGUCUGGACGAGUGUCGACUUCCUCUGGACUUCCACAACACUGAGAUCCUGACUGACGUCACAGCGUCCACCUCAGUGGACGUGCUGCUGACAAACCUCAUCAGGGGGAAACUGCUUCCCUCUGCUCGCCUCUGGAUAACCACACGACCUGCAGCAGCCAAUCAGAUCCCUCCUGACUGUGUGGACAUGGUGACAGAGGUCAGAGGGUUCACGGACCCACAGAAGGAGGACUACUUCUGGAAGAGGUUCAGAGAUGAGGAGCAGGCCAGGAGGAUCAUCUCCCACAUCCAGACAUCACGAAGCCUCCACAUCAUGUGCCACAUCCCAGUCUUCUGCUGGAUCACUGCAACAGUUCUGGAGAACAUGCUGAAAACCAGAGAUGGAGGAGAACUGCCCAAGACCCUGACUGAGAUGUACAUCCACUUCCUGGUGGUUCAGUCCAAAGUGAAGAAGGUCAAAUAUGAUGGAGGAGCUGAGACAGAUCCACACUGGAGUCCAGAGAACAGGAAGAUGAUUGAGUCUCUGGGGAAACUGGCUUUUGAGCAGCUGCAGAAAGGAAACCUGAUCUUCUAUGAAUCAGACCUGACAGAGUGUGGCAUCGAUAUCACAGCAGCUUCAGUUUACUCAGGAGUCUUCACUCAGAUCUUUAAAGAGGAGAGAGGCCUGUACCAGGACAAGGUCUUCUGCUUUGUCCAUCUGAGUGUUCAGGAGUUUCUGGCUGCUCUUCAUGUUCAUCUGAUCUUCAUCACCUCUGGAACAAAUCUGUUGUCAGAACCAACAACGAGCCAGUUGACCAGACCGUUUAGAAAAAAACCUAAACUGAAUCAUCUGCACCAGAGUGCUGUGGACGAGGCCUUACUGAGUCCAAAUGGACACCUGGACUUGUCCCUCCGCUUCCUCCUGGGUCUUUCACUGGAGACCAAUCAGAAGCUCUUAAGAGGUCUACUGACACAAACAGUAAGUGGUUCACAGACCAAUCAGGAAACAGUUGAGUACAUCAAGAAGAAGAUCAGUGAGAAUCUGUCAGCAGAGAGAAGCAUCAACCUGUUCCACUGUCUGAAUGAACUGAACCAUCGUUCUCUUGUGGAGAAGAUCCAAGAGUCCCUCACAUCAGGAUGCCUGUCCACAGAGACACUGUCUCCUGCUCAGUGGUCAGCUCUGGUCUUCAUCUUACUGUCAUCAGGAAAAGAUCUGGAAGAGUUUGACCUGAAGAAAUACUCUGCUUCAGAGGAGGCUCUUCUGAAGCUGCUGCCGGUGGUCAAAGCCUCCAACAAAGCUCUACUGAAUGGCUGUAACCUCUCAGAGAGAAGCUGUGAAGCUCUGUCCUCAGUCCUCAGCUCUGUGUCCUCUAGUCUGAGACAUGUGGACCUGAGUAACAACAACCUGCUGAAUUCAGGAGUGAAGCUGCUGUGUGAUGGACUGAAGAGUCCUUACUGUUCUCUGGAGACUCUCAGUCUUUCAGGUUGUCUGGUCUCAGAGGAAGGAUGUUCUUCUCUGACCUCAGCUCUGAACUCAAACCCCUCCCAUCUGAGAGAACUGGACCUGAGUAACAAUGACCUGCAGGAUCCAGGAGUGAAGCUGCUGUGUGAUGGACUGAAGAGUCCUUACUGUUCUCUGGAGACUCUCAGUCUUUCAGGUUGUCUGGUCUCAGAGGAAGGAUGUUCUUCUCUGACCUCAGCUCUAAACUCAAACCCCUCCCAUCUGAGAGAACUGGACCUGAGUAACAAUGACCUGCAGGAUCCAGGAGUGAAGCUGCUGUGUGAUGGACUGAAGAGUCCUUACUGUUCUCUGGAGACUCUCAGUCUUUCAGGUUGUCUGGUCUCAGAGGAAGGAUGUUCUUCUCUGACCUCAGCUCUGAACUCAAACCCCUCCCAUCUGAGAGAACUGGACCUGAGUAACAAUGACCUGCAGGAUCCAGGAGUGAAGCUGCUGUGUGAUGGACUGAAGAGUCCUCACUGUUCUCUGGAGACUCUCAGGCCACCAGCAAGAUAUUUAGUAGAAGUUUAUCCCCUUUCAGCCAUUCCUCAGACAGCCACCGUCUUCUCUUUGAAACACACCUGUCCUUGUAGUUCAUCAUUGUGUCCACCAGAGUGCGUCAUUAAGACAACAGUUUGGACUCAUGUUGGACAGAAACUCAUUCAGACUGUUUCUUCCUCCAGGAUGGACCAUGCUGGAGAGCAGUGGUUAAAACCUGGUCUCAGGAAGUAUUCAUGUGAACUGGAACUGGACACAAACACAAUGAGCAGAGAACUCAAACUGUCUGACGACAACAGGAAAGUGACCCGUGUGAGAGAAGAUCAGUUGUAUCCUGAUCAUCCAGACAGAUUUGAGUCCUGGUCUCAGCUGCUGUGUAGACCUGGUCUGACUGGUCGCUGUUACUGGGAGGUCGAGUGGAGAGGAAGAGUUUGUAUAUCACUGAGUUACAGAGGAAUCAAGAGGAAAGGCGACAGUUCUGACUGUUUGUUUGGACAUAAUGAUCAGUCCUGGAGUCUGUUCUGCUCUGAUGAUCGUGGUAACUCUGUCCUUCACUGUAGGACAGAAACACGCAUCAUGUCCUCUGUCUCUCACAGGGUAUCAGUGUAUGUGGACUGUCUUGCUGGGACUCUGUCCUUCUACAGCGUCUCCUCUGACUCACUGAUCCACCUCCACACCUUCAGGACCACAUUCACUGAACCGGUUUAUCCUGGGUUCCUGGUCUGGCCUGGUUCCUCAGUGUCUCUGUGUCCUCUGUAGGACAUGAAGAGACAGCAGCUUCAGUGGUGGACGAGGUCAAAGCUCGUCUCAGUCAUUCUUUGUUGAAACCAUCAAUAAAUAAAGACUUAAAAAAUCAA